UGAGCAAGUGAGUGACAAGGCCAAUUCUGUUACUAACCAUUGCUGCGACAAACUGUCUGCUACCACUCCUGCAUUACAAGAUAUGCAUGUGUUUUGGGGUGUUCAUGGCUACUGUUAUAGCUACCUUCACCUAGUCAAGAAAACCACUUUGAAUAGGUUUAAAAUGGCAUGUUGAAUACUGCCAGACCACUCGAGGUUCAACAUCCACCUCCAUCAGCAAGGGUCAUACUAUUGGGUUAUCAUUAUAUUUUACUCUAGUUUAAAUAUUGACUGGUUAAGCGAGAAGGCGCAGCUGUCAUCUAUCCUGUCAAUUAAGACUGAACAUCAUGGCUGUUAUCGCAUGGUGGUUGAUGGUCGAUAUUUUCCCAUCUGUCUGCUGCCAUCAUGCACACAUCUGUAUACUGUGUAUGAGUAUUUCAGAAUUAAAGCAGGAAUAAGAAGCGUAUGAGGAUUCACUAUUAUCAUUUGUGAUCCUUGUUCAAGUACUGCAUGCUCGACUAUUUUGGCUCAUAAACUCGUUAAAUAAUUCGUUUUGUUACAACUGCAAUUUAUACUUGGUCAUUCUAUUAUCAAACUGUAACUAAUGGGUCAGGCACUCUCUGAACCAGUUACUGAGAAGCACACUACUUCCGGAGAAGAUGAUCAGUAUGUCUAUGGCGCUAGUGCCAUGCAAGGCUGGCGGAUAUCGAUGGAGGAUGCCCACACCACGUUGCUGAAGUUGACCAGCACUCCCAACAGGACUGCCUUUUUUGCGGUUUUUGAUGGACACGGAGGCCAAAACGUAUCAAAGUAUUGCGAGAGUCAUUUACACAAGGUUAUUGCUGGUACUGAGGAGUUCAAAAAUAUGGAUUAUGAGGGUGCUUUAAAAACUGGAUUUCUUAGUACUGACAUGAAGUUAAGAAAUGAUCCCAGCCAUGCUAAUGAACCAUCUGGUGCAACUUCAGUUGCAGCCAUCAUCACCGACUCGAAAAUUUAUGUUGGAAAUGCAGGAGAUUCACGGGCUGUAUUGUGCACUACUUUGGGCCAAGCAGAACCUCUCUCAUUUGAUCACAAACCUAAAAAUCCUUUGGAACUAGAGAGAAUUGUUGCAGCUGGCGGGUUUGUUGAUUGUGGACGUGUCAAUGGCAAUCUUGCACUUUCUCGUGCUAUUGGCGACUUUGAGUUUAAACAAUCCACAGAUUUGCCUGCAGAAAGGCAAAUUGUCACUGCUUUUCCUGAUGUGAUGGAAUGGACUUUAAGGGAUUCUGACGAGUUUUUAGUAUUGGCUUGCGAUGGAAUUUGGGAUUGUAUGACAAAUCAAGAUGUGGUUGAUUUUAUAUCAAGCAAGAUUGUUGAAAAGCAUGAACUAGGAACCAUUUGUGAGAUGCUUAUGGAUCACUGUCUUGGGCCAGAUCCCGUAAUAUAUGAAGUUGGAUUUGAUAACAUGACCGUUGUGAUCGUUGCUCUCCUGCGCGGGCGAACAAAAGAGGCCUGGUGUGAUGCUGUUUCAAAACGUGUCGAGGCCCAAGGUGGAAUCCGUCCACGCAGUUUGAUUUCCAGACAACCUGUUGCCGACACUGUUCCUGCCGAAGGUGUUAAUUAAGGAAUAUUUUAUGCUAUUCCAUUGAUUUGGUUUUAAAAAUAAGAUUUUUAUAAAUCGUUAUUCAUAAAGGCUUGUAAAUCAUUUC